AUGAGGACUAUUAAGCUUCAGCUUGACUACGUGCUGACGAGGAACAUUUCUCAGUCAGAUAUCCGAAAAUCUAGAGCUGUUUGGGACGUCGCGUUCGACUCUGACCACCGUCCAGUUCUUUUCACCUUCAAGAUACGGGUCCACAAGAGAAACCGACGAGUUUCUCUUCAGCCGAAAAUCGACAUGUCAGGUCUGAAAGAUGAAGAAUGCAGGACGAAAUUCCGCCACCGUAUGUCCAUUCAUAUUGGAGUACGGACCAGAAAGAAGCUUAGCGAUGCGGACUCCUUCACAAAGUGCAUCCAAGGCGCUACAAGGGAAACGCCCCCGGUUCUAUUGCCGCGGAACAAGUUUGCAUUUGCAUCUGCGGAAACGAAAUCCACGUUCAAUUCUAUAUGUGUCGCGCGCAGCACUGGUGACUUUAAACAGGAAAAGCGUCUUAAAAGGAAGCUGCGUCGUCAACUGCAACAAGACCACCAUAACGAGUGGACGUCAAGAGCGAUGGAGCUUGAAAAGGUGUGGUACGACAAGAACCGGUGGAAAGCGUAUGCUCUAUUAAAACAGUAA